AUGCCACCGGUGAGGAAGUCAAGGAGUGUGAACAAGCGUUUCACCCAUGAAGAUUCCCCAGGAAAAGAUGCUGGGAAGUCGAGGAAAAAUAAGCAGCGUAAGAAGAAAUUGGCUGACAAGCUUGGACCUCAGUGGAGCAGAGAAGAGCUUGAGCGUUUCUAUGACGCUUACCGCAAGUACGGGCAUGACUGGAGAAAGGUGGCUGCUGCAAUUCGGCAUAGCAGGUCUGUUGACAUGGUGGAAGCCCUUUUUAAUAUGAAUCGGGCAUAUUUAUCUCUCCCCGAGGGAACUGCCUCUGUAGCUGGCCUUAUUGCCAUGAUGACAGAUCAUUACAGUGUCAUGGAAGGGAGUGGCAGUGAAGGAGAAGGCCAUGAUGCUUCAGAAGUACCUAGAAAACAGCAGAAGCGCAAACGUGCCAAACCUCAGCUUAGUGAUUCUCGAGAGGAAGCUGAUAUGCAACAUUCAAUUGCGUCAACAGAUGGAUGUCUCACGUUUUUGAAACAAGCACGGGCGAAUGGAACACAGCGACAUGCCACUGGCAAGCGUACACCUCGGUUUCCUGUACAAACUUCACACAUGAGGGAUGAAAGAGAUGGCUCUACUCCACCAAAUAAAAGAGCCAGAAAGCAACUCAAUGCGAAUGAUGAUGUUGCACAUUUUUUAGCUUUAGCAUUAACAGACGCAUCGAGGAGGGGAGGGUCUUCAAAAGUUGCUGAAUCACCAAGUCGAAGAACAGAACUCAGCGACAGCUCACCAAUAAAGGGCUGGGGGAAAAUAUCGCGAACGAGAAAAGUUCAUCCGAAGUACCGUGACAGCUCCAUGUAUGAGGAGCUGGUGGGAAGUAGCCGAGAGAGGAAGCUUGAAUCGGAUAGAGAUGCUGCGUUGCUGAUGGAUAUGGAGGGGGUUGGAGAAAUGGAAGUCCCGCGGAAGGGGAAAAGGGUCUACAAGAAAAGAGUGAAAGUCGAAGAAGCAGAUUCUGAUGACAAUGGAGAAGCGUGCAGUGCUACUGAGGGACUCAGAAAUAAAUCACAGAGACGAAAGGCAGGUGUUGAAGCCUCAAGAGAGAAGUAUUCGCCGCGCAGCCCUAAGAAAAGAGAUAACAAACUUACCUCCGGAGAUGAAUUUGAUGCUCUGCAAGCGCUGGCUGAGCUGUCAGCUUCAUUGCUUCCGGCAACAAUGAUGGAAUCAGAAUCAUCUGCUCAGUUGAAGGAAGAAAGAACAGAAAACGACAUGGACGAGAAAUCUAGCUCACCGGAAGCUACAUCCACAAGCAGUCAUGGGGAAAAGGCAAAUGCAGAACCAGAUGAUGGUCCGCUUCAGGCAAUGUCUGCAAUUAAGAAAGCUUACUCUAGAAAACCAAAACCUUCAAGACAUGCAUCCACUGAUUGUAAUGCUGUUCCCACGGGGCCUACUAGUGGCAGUUUAAGAAGAAAACGUAAACCAAAGGUGCUAGGUGAUGAAGAUCCAACAGAUUCUAGUCAGAACAAAUCCAUAAACAAGAAGGAAUUGGCUCAAGAAGAGCAUAAUAUGAAGUCUUUUAUUAGAACAAAACGCGCUGGUCAAGGUCCCCCUCAGUCAAAACAGUUGAAAACUGUUAAGGCGUUGGAGGAAACUUCUACAAUUUCCGAUAAGAAAAGAUCUGUGAUGGAUGUAGAAGUGUCAACUAAACAAGCUUCUGAUUCGGGUCCAGCCAGUUUACCGCCAAAAACACCAAACAGGCGUAAGAUAAGUCUGAAGAAAAGUUUACAAGAAAGGGCUAAAUCUUCUGAAAUCACUCAUAAAGCUUCGCGUAGCUCCAGAUCUCUUUCAGAGAAGGAGUUGUUAUCCAAGGAUAUGCUUUCUACUUCUCUGUCGUAUCCCUUGGCACGUCGAAGGUGCAUAUUUGAAUGGUUUUACAGUGCUAUCGACCAUCCCUGGUUUGCGAAGAUGGAGUUUGUCGAUUACCUAAAUCACGUGGGACUUGGUCACAUUCCAAGACUUACUCGUCUUGAAUGGAGCGUCAUUAAAAGUUCCCUUGGUAGACCCCGAAGAUUCUCUGAGAGAUUCUUACAGGAAGAGCGGGAGAAACUCAAACAGUACCGUGAAUCUGUGAGAAAGCAUUAUACAGAUCUUCGAACAGGUGUUAGGGAAGGGCUUCCUACAGAUUUGGCUCGUCCAUUAUCAGUUGGGAAUAGAGUUAUUGCAAUCCAUCCCAAAACACGAGAGAUUCAUGAUGGGAAAAUUCUCACUGUUGACCAUAACAAAUGCAAUGUUCUGUUUGACGACUUGGGCGUUGAGUUAGUUAUGGACAUUGAUUGCAUGCCUACAAAUCCACUGGAAUACAUGCCAGAGGGUCUAAGGAGGCAAAUUGAUAAGUGCUUGUCCAUAAAGAAAGAACCACAGCUAAGCGGGAAUUCAAACGUUGGUGUGUCUGUUAUAUUCCCUCCAUGCGGACUUGAAGGUGUUGGCUUUGCCGUGAAUCCUCCUCUGAAUCAGGGUGAUAUGAGUGCUCCCGCUCUGCAUGGUAAAGUAUCGAGCAACGCUAGUAGUCCACAUCAGACUGAUCAGUCAUUUAUCGUAAACUAUCGCAAAGCAAGAGAAGUUGAGUAUCAACGAGCACUUGCGCUACAGAAUGCUUUAGAUGAAAAGGAAAUGGAGCCAGAGAUGCUAGAAAUUGUCAAUGGUUCAAAGACAAGAGCGCAAGCAAUGGUGGAUGCAGCUAUUAAGGCUGCAUCAUCUGUGAAGGAAGGAGAAGAUGCGAGCAAAAUGAUCCAAGAAGCCUUAGACUUGAUUGGCAAACAUCAGCCGUUACAUCGGUCUACUAUGUCCAAACACCACGAGCAUGCAAAUGGACGAACAGAGCAUCAUCACAACCCGUCUCCCUCAGACGCAUCAGAGCCUAUGGCUAACAACGAUUCCAUCUCACAAGAUGGUUCAGAGAAAAACGAGGCUCAAAUGCCUUCAGAGCUAAUCACCUCCUGUGUUGCCACUUGGCUCAUGAUUCAGAUGUGCACGGAGAGACAUUACCCUCCAGCUGAUGUGGCACAGCUUAUAGACACAGCAGUCACGAGCUUGCAGCCUCGAUGCCCCCAGAACUUACCCAUCUACAGAGAAAUCCAAACGUGCAUGGGACGAAUCAAGACUCAAAUCCUGGCUCUAGUACCAACUUGA